AUAAUGUCAGACCGGGAAAUUGAUGCCAUACAGAAUUAUGAAAGGUAUCUUGACGAAUUCGUCAACCAGUAUGAAGAGUGGGUAAGGAAUAGGAGAAGGGCCAUUAGAGAUUUGGAACAAAUUGUGGCCGACAUGGACAGUGGCGAAUUUCAAAACAAUGUCACGCAAAUUGUGGGUAGCAGUGUCGGUGUUUUAAGCGGAAGCAUAAUGAUUGGAGCUUUGCUUCUUGCACCCUUCACUGCGGGUGCGUCUGCUGCAGUUGGUGCUGGAAUAGCUGCGGGGGUAGGCUUAGCUGGUGGAAUUACCAAUCUCACUUCUGACCAAAUUAAUAAGAAUUAUGCUUUGAGAAAAUGCAAGGAAGCUGAAGACAUUAUAUUGGGUGACCAGAAAAGAACAACCGACCUCGAUGAAGCCGAAAUACGAUUUACAGAAGCUAUUGAAACUUUGAGGGAGGUUGCUAAGUCUACAAAAAAAGAAAUAAAGACGAUGCUCAAAACCAUUAAAAGGGGAAAGAAGGUUGCACAGGUCAUGUCGAAAACGGCACGUUUAGUCGGGAAAGGGGGUCGAGGAAUCGGACUGACUGCUGGAAAACUUAUUGGUAAAACGGCUGUUCUUGCUCUUGUUGGUGUAGGCUUCGAUAUUUGGGAAAUCGUCUCAUCAAGUCAAGAUAUCGCUAAUGGAUCUAAGUCUGAGCUCGGAAAAGACAUAACAAAGCACAUCGAAAAGAUGAGGGAAUCAUUAAAUGAGGUCCAAGAGUUCUACUCUGAAGCAUACGGUCUGACUGCCUAA